CCUUGGCCUAUAUAUUCACACUUACUCUCAUUCACCACAUCCUCAUACUUUCCUCAACUUUCAUUUCAUUUUCAUAAUUCAUAGAAGAACAUUAUGGAUCAGUACAAUUUUUCAUUUUCGGAUAGUUGGUCAGUUGGGAACGAUGUUGCAAAUGAUGUUCCUUGUGGGGAGAGCAACUCCUACGUUGGGCGUGAUUACACAGCCGAAUUUACGACUGACCAGAUAUUUGAAACUAGAGCUAUCAUGUUAGAUUGGGUGUGGAGAGUUGGUAAGGAAAAUGGUUUUGUGAUUGUCAUAAGUAAAUCUGCUAGUAUAAAGGGCAACAAGAUGCCAAAGUGCAUUCUUAUUUGUGAAAGGGGAGGAUUGUACAAACCGCCACCGGAAGGGCAUUCAAUGCAAAGGAUUACUAGAACUAAAAAAUGUGAUUGCCCAUUUAAGCUGCGAGGUGUAGCACAACCUCCAGACGGUGUCAUGUGGGGUUUGAAGAUUGUUAGAGGUUUUCAUAACCAUGAACCGACUGAAAGUUUUAAGGACAUGAGUACCCGUCAAGUGAUUAUUGAUGCGACGUACAAGAGUAAUGAGUAUCGGAUACCACUCUUGAAAGUUGUGGGUAUCACAUCCACAAUGAAAACUUACUCCCUUAUAUUUGCAUAUUUAAGUAAUGAGACGAAAGAGCAACUAAUAUGGGCGUUGGAUACCUUAAAGAGAUGGAUGGUUGAAAAAGGUGCAGUGUUGCCAUCGGUGGUUGUUUCAUAUAGGGAUCUGGCGCUUCUUGGCGCCAUUGGAAUAUGUUUCCCCUUCGCACAGCACAUCCUUUGUAUUUGGCACAUAAACUAG